AUGUCUUGCAAGGAGAUUCAUGUGAAACCAAAUGUGAUGAUCAUUGGUUCAAUUCUUCAAAUGUAUGUUCAAAAUGUUCUUCAAAUUGUUCCAAAUGUGAAGGAAUGGCAAAUAAUUGCACUUCAUGCAAUGGAGAUCUCGUACUUCAAGGAUCAGUUUGCAAAGAGAACUGUGAUAGUCAUUACUUUAAGAAUGGAAAAAGAUGCGAAGAAUGCGAUAUUAAUUGCUUGGAAUGCAAUGGCAAAGGUAUAA